CACCACAGAGAGAGAAAGUGAAAGCACCACAGGUAUACAAGUCUUUAUAACACAUUACAAACGCUUCGCAUGCCUUACAACCAAACAGAUGAUUUCAAAGGUAUACUUAACUCACUAACUCUCUUAAGCAUCAGCGGAAUUAAAUAUUGUAUAUGCGAGAAAGUACAGGUAUUGCGUCUGGCAGUGCUACGCGGCGUGAAGUGAAAGUUCCUCCGUAACACCUACUCACUCCCAAGGUUCUUUCAGUGAGUCUGUUCAGUGAUCAGUUAUGUGACUCCUUAACAGUUCCAGGAUACCUGAGAGAUCCGAUGGACAGAUGACGAAGUGGUGAAGGUGAUGAGCAAAACGAGGGUUGUGGCGUGCUUAGUCGUGGUGGUGGUGGUGACCUGGUAUGCCAUCAGCUUCCAACACCUGCAGCUGAGAGCAACCCAACCCCCAGCCGCCGCCACCACCACCACCACCACGAAACACACUCUAAGUUAUCAAGUUCUUGGGACAUAUCUACAUACCUCUACACAUCAUAGUACCCGGAUUUCUACACUAAACGCUGGAAAACCUUACCGAACACAAAAUUCUACACACAAACCAGAGAGCUAUUCAGAGGAAAAGUGGAAGUCAGUCAUGCACGGACGGUUGGCGAGAGUGGCUAAGCUAUGUCGGCAGCAUCCUCAAGCCCUCAACAGAUUUGACCUCUUCAGUGUCUUCAAAAGCCUGACUGUUGAUCCUGCCCACCAUCUCGUCUACUGUAGGAAUGCCAAGGCUGGCACCACUGCAUGGCUUUCAAGGUUGCUGCAGUGGGCAGGCAUCAGCUUCAACACCACAGCUGAUGUGCACACCAUCGCUGAUCAGGCCUUCCCAAUGGUGGCGACUGACAGGAUCCUACGGGAACUGAAGCGUUCAUCCCUGACCUUCACUGUAGCCAGACACCCUUUCACUAGGCUCGUCUCCGCCUACAGAAAUAAAAUUGAAGAGAACUACAAGCCAGAGCGCUGGUCAGAAAUUAUGAGAAAAUACCGCACGCCCAUUAACAUUACGACGGAGGUGAACAACUCAAGACCAACGGAGAUGAACAACUCAAGACCAACCUUCCGGGAGUUCGCCUUGUUCGCCAGCGAUGAGGUGCUGAGGUGCUUGGGUCAGGCCAGACCAAGUUGCCUUGACGAGGUUGACGUCCACUGGCUGCCACACCAUGACCGCUGUGCUCCCUGCAACAUUAAUUAUGACGUUAUUGCGAAGAUGGAGACGAAGGAUGAGGACGAGGCGUACAUCAGCCACCUCCUCGGCCUUCCCCUACCUCCACCCACGCAGCAGAACGUGGCCUCAGGUCCCUCCUCAGAUUCCCUCACCAGAACCUUUUUCUCAACGCUGAGUGCAAGUGAAAGGCAGCGCGUCUUUAAAGCUUACGAGUAUGAUUUCCUCAUGUUUGAGUACUCCUACAAUGACAAGGAUUACAGGUAACGGGCUCCUUCAGGCAGUUGCUAUAAAUUGAACUACUACUCGUUAACUGUACAUAUUAUUAAAGUACGUUUCUUAA